UGUGAUAGGCUGCUUGGAAUAGCAACAGCCUGUGUCACCGAAAAGGGCAAAGCCUUCGGAAAUAGAAACAAAGUUGGUUACAAAUCACACUGGCUUUGCCAGAAGGUUUCGGCCCCCACCCCAGCCCCUCCCACUCUUCUUUAGCAUGCUGCCCAUGGGGAUGGUGACCACUGCUGUGAGCGCGGUAGGUCCGGGUGGUCUGGUAGCGAGGGAGAAGCAGUAAGUUCUACGUGACCAUGGUACCUGUUGAAAACACAGAGGGCCCCAAUCUGCUGAAACUGAACGGGAGAGAGGCGGAGACCGAUGGCAGCUGUGGAGCCGGCAGCGGCCGGCAUCCUGCCUGCGCGGGAGACUUUGCCACAGUAGCUGAAGCUGCAGAUUCCAGGAGCACGGUUGGUGGUAACUGACAGGACUCUAAGGUUGCAGCAUGUUUACUUUCCUCACAUCCGCCACUGCGGCCAUCAGCGGCCUCCUGGUGGGCUAUGAACUUGGGCUCAUCUCGGGAGCACUUCUUCAGAUCAGAGCCCUGUUAGCCCUCACCUGUCAUGAGCAGGAAAUGGUUGUGAGCUCCCUCCUCAUUGGGGCUUUCGCCGCCUCGCUCACUGGAGGCGUGCUCAUAGACCGGUAUGGUAGAAGGCUCGCCAUCAUCCUGUCGUCCUGCCUCCUAGGGCUCGGAAGCUUGGUCUUGAUCACCAGUUUGUCCUACACGCUUCUUAUCAUGGGACGCAUUGCUGUGGGGGUUUCCAUCUCCCUGUCUUCCAUUGCCACCUGCGUGUACAUUGCAGAGAUCGCACCCCAACACCGAAGAGGCCUUCUUGUGUCCCUGAAUGAGCUGAUGAUUGUCACCGGCAUCCUCUUUGCUUAUAUUUCGAAUUACGCAUUUGCCGGCGUCUCCAACGGUUGGAAGUAUAUGUUUGGCCUCGUCAUUCCCCUGGGGGUUCUUCAGGCAAUCGCAAUGUACUUUCUUCCUCCAAGUCCUCGGUUUCUGGUCAUGAAAGGGCACGAGGAAGCUGCUGGCAAAGUUCUCGGGAAGCUGAGAGUGAUCUCAGACACCACAGAAGAACUCACUCUGAUCAAGUCUUCCCUGAAAGAUGAGUAUCAGUACAGUUUUUGGGAUCUGUUUCGCUCCAAGGACAACAUGAGGACCCGAAUCAUGAUAGGUCUGACACUGGUAUUUUUUGUACAAACCACUGGCCAGCCAAACAUACUAUUCUAUGCAUCAACUGUCUUGAAGUCUGUUGGCUUCCAGAGCAAUGAGGCAGCUAGCCUCGCCUCCACGGGGGUGGGAGUGGUCAAGGUGGUCAGCACCAUCCCGGCAACCCUCCUUGUGGACCGCAUUGGCAGCAAAACCUUCCUGUGUAUUGGUUCCUCCGUGAUGGCUGCUUCGCUGUUGACCAUGGGCAUCGUGAACCUCAACAUCAAUGUGAACUUCACUGGUAUCUGCAGAAGCCAUGGUGCUGCUAACCUGUCCCUGCAGGAGUCUGUAUUCCAUGCAACAGGAAACCUGUCGAUCAGCAACAGCAGCCUAAGGGAGCAUUUGAAAGGAAUCACUCCCCCCAGCAGGGGCUCCUUUAUGCCCAUGGGGAAUGGCUUGGAGCCUAAAGGGGAGGUGACCUUCACGUCUUUACCAAAUGCUGCACUGAGCCAAACCGAACACCAGGUGGUCACAGACCCCACAGUCGUCCCAGCUGCUUACAAAUGGCUGUCCUUGGCCAGCCUGCUGGUUUAUGUUGCUGCUUUUUCCAUUGGCCUAGGACCCAUGCCCUGGCUGUUGCUCAGUGAGAUCUUUCCUGGUGGAAUCAGAGGCCGAGCCAUGGCACUGACUUCUAGCAUGAACUGGGGCAUCAACCUCCUCAUCUCUUUGACAUUUUUGACGGUAACUGAUCGCAUUGGCUUGUCGUGGGUAUGCUUCAUAUACACAAUCAUGAGUCUGGCAUCCCUGGCUUUUGUUGUUCUGUUUAUACCUGAGACAAAAGGAUGCUCUUUGGAACAAAUAUCAAUGGAGCUAGCAAAAGCGAACUAUGUGAAAAACAACAUUUGUUUUAUGAGUCAUCACCAAGACGAAUUAGUGCCAGCACAGCUUCAAACAGGACAGCCCCAAGAGCAGCUCCCGGAAAGCAAAAGGCUGUGUGGAGGACGACAGUCCCAGCAGCCUUCACUGGACACCUGAGGGGCACAGUGGCAGGACUUACAGGGGGUCUCUGCCAUGUUCUCUCCUUACUGUCACAGACACCCUGAAAC